AUGGCAAGGGUAGAUUCUGCCAAAUUUUCGUCAACGGUUGAAUACAGGGCUGUUAUUAGGUGCCUCUACUUAAAAGGGAAACCGGGAAAGGAGAUACAUGAUGAAUUGUCAGAUGUUUAUGGUGACGGUGCACCUUCGUAUGCACAGGUCAAAUUCUGGGUUGCAGACUUUAAGAGGAGUCGGGUGAACCUGGAAGAUGAGCCACGCCCUGGCAGGCCUGUAGAGGUGACCAAUGACCAAACCAGUGAAGCUGUGAGACAACUGGUUGUCAAAGACAGGCGAAUGAAGGGGUCAGAAAUGGCCAAGGCCUUGGACAUUUCAGAGGGAAGUGUCCAUACCAUUUUGCAUGAUCGUCUGGGUAUGAGGAAGCUGUCUGCCCGAUGGGUCCCGAAAUGUCUGAGUGAUGAUCAGAAGGCUGUACGUGCGUCAAUGUGUCAGGCACUUUUGACGCAAUACAGUCGGGAUGCAGACAACUUUAUGGAGAGAAUUGUUACUGGUGAUGAAACCUGGGUACACCACUAUGACCUAGAAACCAAAGAACAGAGUAAGCAGUGGACUGGCUUUGCUUCACCCCGUCCCAAAAAGUUUAAGACUCAACCAUCGGCUGGCAAAGUCAUGGCAACCAUCUUUUGGGAUACCAAAGGGGUCUUGCUCAUUGACUACUUGCCACGUGGCCAGACUAUUACUGGAGAGUACUACUCCGAUCUCCUGGACCGUUUGCGGACUGUUAUUCUUGCCAAACGUCGUGGAAAGAUCACAAAAGGUGUGCUGCUCCAACAUGAUAAUGCCAAGAAGAAGAAAGAACUGCGUGGACGUCAUUUCCGGUCCGUGGAUGAACUCACGACAGCAGUGGAGGGGUGGUUACACGAACAACCCCAUGGUUUCUGUCACAACGGGCUUUUAGCUCUCACAAAUCGCUGGACAAAGUGCAUAGACCUCAAUGGUGAUUAUGUGGAAAAAGAAGAAGUGAGGAGCAGUAGCAAAUAG